UCUCUCACCGCGAGACAAUGGCGGCUGAUGUAUGCGGCCAGUUCUUUGCCACGAUCUUGAAAAAUGACCGACCGACGCACGCCUGUUUCUCCUGACGAGCCAUUCAGCAGUAUAAUGAGGCGGAUGAUGCGACUAGGAAACGCAGGCACCAGCUGCGGACAGCCGGUUUCGAAACGAAAGGCGAAGAUGACAUACAAUAUGCGCACAAAAUAUUCACAAAGAAUAAACGCACGCGGAAGGCGAGACGAUAAAUCGUUGCAGCUGCGCGUGCAGAGAUCCGAUUCCCCUAAAUGGGAUAACGAUCGAAAGGCGACCGAGAUCGCGGUGUUAACCCUUAACAUGCAUCCCUUGAAGACUCAUCGAGCCACGGAAUCUUUUGUCGCCGUAGUUCGCUGUUACCAUUUGUGGUCUCUUCGAUUGGAUCUCCGCUUGUCCUUACGGCACCAUCCUCGCGCGGAUCCUUCGCAAUUGGAUGCAGUGUUCGCUACUGUUCUGUCAAACGGUGACUCGUACGCGUGCGCACUAGAAACUGAAUGUGAGGAUGCAGAUUAUCAACUAACUUUCGUAAAAAAGAAGUGUACGAGCAAUAUACAGAGAACAUGCAUGGAGACAACCGUUAAGGGUUCCAGAUUGUAAGAUAGAGGGUGCUGGUGAACAAGCCACAACUAGAGAUCUCUGCACUCAUAAAUUCGCCAGUUCGUUUGAGAGUAUGCCGCUACGGUAACUCAAUAUUGGAACGCCUUAACUAUGGAGUCCUGACUUUGUGCGCACUUUUCUGUGCCGUAAUUCCGCGCGAUGUAUAAAGCAGCCUCGAGCGAGGCACGCGUUUCUCCGUGUCCAGCUACCUUUAAUGAGGCCGACUCCUGGCGUGGGUGAACGAAGAGAAAGAGAGCCGACGAUUAAUAGUACGCUGAGGACGAUAUAGAGGAGCCUGGCGACGAUACCCUGGAGAAAUAACAUUGCACGCCGAUAUUGAUCGCUUGCUAUCGAGAUCGUCUCUAUCUGAUCUGCGCUUCUCUACGUCUGCCGACUGUUCGAUUUCGCGUCUGGCCUGUCACAUGCUUCACAAAAAUUAUACAUGCCACCAUGCAAGACCAACCUAGAAAUAUCAAGUUCACAGCUGAUCUUCAUGGAACGUAAACAAAACGCGGCAGAAUGGA